AUGGGAUGUUAAAACAGGAUAAAAAAAAGCUUAAUUAGAUGGUCAUUCUGGAGCUGUCUAUUCAGUCUGCUUUUCACCAGAUGGAGCUACCUUAGCAUCCGGUAGUAGUGAUUGUUCUAUUCUUAUAUGGGAUGUUAAAACAGGAUAAGAAAAAGAUUAUUUAAAUGGUUAUGGCCAUUCUGAUUGGGUUAAAUCAGUAUGUUACUCACCAGAUGGUACUAUUUUAGCAUCAGGUAGUGAAGAUAAGUCAAUUAUUUUAUGGGAUGUUAAGACAAGAUAAUAAAAAACUUAAUUGGAUGGCCAUUAUGGCUCUGUCGAAUCAGUUUGCUUUUCCCCAGAUGGAACUAUUUUAGCAUCAGGCAGCAAGGAUUUUACAAUCCUUUUAUGGGAUGUUAAAACAGAAUAAUAAAAAGCAAAAUUAAAAGGUCAUAAAUAAGAUGUAAACUCAGUAUGCUUCUCUUCAGAUGGCACUACUUUAGCUUCAGGUUGUGGAAGAUCAUAUGAACGUGGUGGUGAUUGUUCAAUUAUUUUAUGGGAUAUGAAAACAGGAUAAUAAAAAGCUUAGUUAAACGGUCAUUCUCAUUCAGUCGAGUCAGUAUGCUUCUCACCAGAUGGAACUACUUUAGUAUCAGGUAAUGCUGAUAAGUCAAUCCGUUUAUGGGAUGUUAAAACAGGAUAAUAAACAGCUUAAUUUGAUGGUCAUUAUGGAUCUGUCGCAUCAGUAUGCAUCUCACCAGAUGGAACUACUUUAGCAUCAGGCAGCUAGGAUUUUACAAUCCUUUUAUGGGAUGUUAAAAUAGAAUAAUAAGAUGAUUCGUUAUAUGGUCAUACUAAUUUUGUUCAAUUAGCCUGCUCACCUGAUCGAACUACUUUAGCUUCAAAAAGUAGAGAGAACUCAAUCGGUUUAUCGGAUGUUAAAACAGGAUAAUCUAUAAAACUCACAGAUAAACGUUAUAAAGAUAUAAUAAAAUAAUUACCAUUUUAAUAGAUUUAACUUGCAGAGAAAGGUAUUUAUUAGACUUUUAUUUAGUAAUGAAUUAUCCGAAAAUCAUUAUUUCCUCAUUCUCCACUCUAUAUGCUUAAGGGGCUUUAAUUUUAAAAGGGGAAUUUCUUAAUCAUUAAGGUUAUGAUUUGAAGCCCUUAUUAAAAACUAAAGGAGGUUAAUUUUUGGAAAAUAAUUUAGAAAAACCAUAAAAGAAGAAUUGA